CGCACGGUAUAUCCCCCCGUCCUACGUGUUCGAAAUUUUGUGAUACCGUUUUCCAACCCCCUCCUUUUCUGUCUCACUCAACAAACCAAACAAGCUUAAAAAAAAAUAUAGCACACCAUCAACCGGUACAUAUCCCCCCUUUGUGUUCAGUGGAUUUAACUUGUGACGUUUCUGCCAAAGUGAUUCUAUUCUACGACUACCGUUAUAAACCGUCCUAUAUAUUUCCCCCCAAAAAUCCCACCAACAAAUUUUUCUGGAUUACAGAAUCCAGUGUGGUUGUUAACCAGCAACAACAUGUUUAAAUUCGAGAACUUGUAUAAUGUGUGUUUGUUUGAAUAUUUAAAUUUAUUUAAUUGAAAAUUUCCGGGUUAGUUUUCGUUUUGAUUGAGAUUUGAUUAGAUUUUUUUUGAUUCUGGUGAGGUGGUAAACGAAGAAGGGAGAAGAAAAUGGGUGAAAAUCAGAUAGCGCAGGUCAUUGCAUUUAUUUGUGGAAUAAUCGUAAUAAUCCUUAUGAUAAUGGGAUUGGUUUCCACGGAUUGGUUGAUGGCAGCUGGUUGGAGACAAGGUUUAUUCAUGCACUGCAUAGAAGAAGGCGCCCCGCAACCUUUACCGUUUAACAUGGUAAAUCCUGCGGGAUGUUAUCCAUCGAGAGACGCAGCUUAUAUCCAUGCCGCUGCAGCCCUUUGCAUAAUCACCCUUUUAACAAACGUAGUAGCAACGAUUUUAACCGGAUUAGGAUUGAGAAGUAAGGACCAUCAUACAAAAUAUAAAUACUACAGAUUUGGAGUAAUCGUGAUGGGAUUAGCGUUGGUUUGUAUAACAAUAGCAUUAAUAAUAUAUCCAGUUUGUUUCGCAUUGGAAUUAAAUUUUGGUAAUAGAACGAUUUGGGAGUUUGGUUGGGCGUACGGAGUGGGUUGGGGAGCGGCAAUAUUUUUAUUCGGCGGUGUGAUGCUGCUAAUGUGCGACAAGGAGAGCGAAGAAAUCUACUAUAAGGAAAGGAAAAUCGUGCACGACAACGACUCGAGGGCCUAGUGGCCACAAAGUCUGCCCGAUGUUGUUCUCUGAUUGUAAGAUACUGACGAAAACAAAAACGAUCGGCUGCUCUCAGAGACUUUGAACGUGUCAUGUGCGAGUGUGGAAUGGAGUGAGUGUGAUUUAAAAUAAAAAAAAACGUUGUACGUGUGCCUAGUCAGUUUGGUUCUUGCGUUUGCGUUUUUCGGCCUCUCUGGACGGUUUUUUAAACGACCCAAUUUGAUUAUAAUUUUUUCGUUUUUUCUAUUCUUUUAAGACUGAUUAAUUGAUAAUUAUUUUUUUAUUUCUUGUGGUAAAAUGGAAUAAAAUUAAAAAAAUUUCAAACUGAUUAGGAUUAAAAAAAUAAAAUGUGACGGUUCGUUUCUACGUUCAUUUUGCUUGCCUGGUACUUUCACCAGUCAGCCAAGUUUUGUUACCAUUGUAUCGUUGGGGACAUCGCCACGAAAAUUAAGAAAAGGUUCUCGAAAAUCUUAUUUUGAGAACUUUUCGCUUUUUCUUGGUGAUUGUACGGGAUGAAUGAGUGAGUUGUUUGACUGAGAGACAACCCGGGCAGGCUAGUUGUGCGUUAUUAAGACUUAAAAAAUAUCCAAGUAGAUAGAUAAAGGUAGUAACGUCAAUAAUUAUUAUUAAUCUUUUUUUUAACAAAAAAUAGCUGUUUUUUAGUGAAUUUGCGCAGCUAAUUUUUAAUUUAUAAAAUUUAAAACGAUAUUUUUGUAUUUUGGUUAGUAAUUAUUUAAUGCAGGGCAUUAAUACUUCCCCUUUUUUAACAAAAAAAGACCACUUUAUAAUCUCACAAACAUAUCUAAAAGAAACUCCUCUUUUUGGAAAUCAAAAAAAUAGUUUUUCUAGUCUUCUUCCAAAAAAACAAAAAAAAUUAAAAGAACCGGACCAAUUCUUUGCUGGACAAACGAUAAUUUUGAAAUAAUUAAAUUUUAAAACUGCCAUAUAGUUUGUCCAUUUAUAUCAAUAAAAGUCCGUUUCGUUCUCUUUCUACAGAAAUUCCAUUUGUUUCUCAUUGACUUCGCGUUAGUUAUAAUUCGAUUAGAUAAUAAGUUUAGGUUAAACUUAAAAAUCGUUUGUAAUAAGACUUAUUUAUAUCGAACAUGUACAUAAUAUGUAAAAGAUAUCAACUGAGUUAAUUAAGGAACAAAAAUGUUGAAAAAAGUAACAAUUAAGAUAAAAUACAAGAAGAACCUAAAUAUAGACUACUAAGAUGUUAAGUAGCUUGUGUAUAUAAAAACGUAAUGGGAGCGGAGAGUGCGAGGAAAUCUUAAACGAGACGGAGUAUCGGCGAUCGUCUAAUUAUAUGUAAAUUAAAAAAAAAAAAAAGGAAAUUAUAAGAAGAAAAUUAAAAGGAUAAUGAUAAGAAUAUAAUUAUUACUGUAGUAUUUGUCGAAUUGGUGAUUUUACGAUGAUAAAAGAUGAUCUGAAAUUUUCUUAUCUUUUGAUCUGAAACGAAAAUUACUCGUUUAAUUACAAUUUAUUUAUGUGAGUGUUUACUAACACUAUGUAAUUUAUCCAUGAAUAUGAUGGUAUCAAAAUUUUUAAAAAUUAA